AUGGCGGACGUCCUCAAGGCGGCCGCUGAUGCUCUCCACCGACAAGGGAACUAUGCCCAAGCCCAUUGGAAGUACAGCGAGGCCAUCGCGCAAACCCCGAACAAUGCCAUCUUAUACGCCAACCGUGCGGCCACCUCUCUGAAGCUCGCAGACUAUUUGGGUGCUCUGGAUGAUGCUUCAGAGGCAACCGCUAUUGACCCUUUGUACAUAAGAGGAUGGUCGCGGAUCGCCUCUGCCGCCGAGAAAUUACACUAUUGGGAAACCGCCCGUAGCGCGUACAUGAAGGCCCUGUCCUGUCUGGGCACCGAAACGUCCUCCCUGCAUCAGCAGGUGUUCAGACGUGAAUUGGAGAGCGGCCUCGCCAGUGCGACCGCCAAUCAGAACGCCAACUUGCCUUGGGACCGUGCUGUUGUUUUGAACGAUCAAAACCUGCUCAAGAGGGGUACACUCCCAAGCAGCGGAUGGGUCAUUGCUGUUGCUGCCAUGUGGUUUGAACGAGGGUAUAAACCAGUUCAACAGCUGGCAACUAACCCCCGCUUUGCGAUAGCGCUUCCGGGCAUGGCAAUCUGGUUCGAAACUAUUAAUCGGGCGCUCGAGGGCCUUACGACUGGCCUACUCAACGACAAGCGGGCGUUCAAGGUCGACCCAGGCUUCAUUGACAAGAUGGAGUACCAAAUGAAUAUGGAAACUUGGAACACACACGCGUGGACGACGAUCAACCUCAACCGCAUCAAAACCGAGUUCGUGCAACGAUUGGGGCCGGAGCAAACACCCAAUGACUGGAACCCUGUUCGACGGGCGCUCGCCGUGACGGUCCGCAUCUGGAUUUUCAAAGGCUUCAUUGCGACGAAGAGAGGCGACCACGCUAAGGCCGUGCAACACUACAAGCGAACGGUCGAAAUCCUCCAAUGGGGAGCAGCAAAGUAUCCACAUGUGCAUCGAGAUGACCGCGGGGCCCACUUUGAAGCGAGCUUCAUUCGCGGGGUCCAGCGUCUAUAUAUUCCAGCAGUGAUUGCGGUAAUUCAUAGCUCACAGGGCAGCGCACCUGGUCGCACCCUAGAAGACAUUGAGAAGCUCGCGCGCGACCUCAAGUCCGACACUGAAACGUGCGCGCCGUUUCCGAAUAUCGAGGCAGAACCAGGUUUUUACGCGCCAUUCUGGAUAUACCCCAUCGCAGAGGGUCUUUGUUAUGUUGGCUGGGUCCACAAACAGCAAGGAAUCCGCCACAAGCGGAACAAGGCUGCUUCUGAAGCGUCGAAAGAGUGGUCCAAGGCUGCCAAAUUCUACACACAAGCGGCGAAGGCAUACCCUGAGGACGAGGAAGAGCGUCCGUUCUUACUUUUCGCUGCCUUUGAAUGCCUCUGUUGGACUGGCGCUCCGCUCCGAAAAACACUCCCUUUGUGCCGCCAAAUUCGUGACUCGAUGCAGGCGGCGGAUGUAGUCUGGGAUGGGGCUCGUCUGAGCAUGGCGGCUGAACAACGAGCGGCUAACUGUCGUCGGGCUAUCGCAUUCCUUGCAGACAACGAGAAGAAACUCGCCGAUAAGCAGCUCACGCUAGAAGACAAGUCGAUGCCGACAUUUUUGAAUGAGGAAUGGUAA